GAUUAGUGCAGGAAAAGCUCCGCCGAGUCUUCGGAAAAGUCCUAACGAAGAAAUCCAGCGCGCCUAACUGUGGUCUUGACUCCGCCGUUGCCACUAUCAACCGGAUCUUGACGCAGCAAAGUCGCGAAAGUUUCUUCGCUCUCUCCAAACACUCCGUUAGUGAUAGCGGAGCAAGUCAGGAUUUUAAGAAGACGCAGCGGUGCAAUUGACUAACUGGCCUCGGUACUGUUGCAGUUGACCAAGAAAGUGUGAAGGAGAGCGCUGAUGCGCCUUUUCCAGCGUCGAUGAAACUCUGAGCGCUCCAGCGCUUCCUCCGGGCUUUCGACUUGCCAUCCUCUCCAUCUCAAAACUUUUGUUUUGCUCUCCUCUCCCUCACCGCUUUCCACCGCUCUACCUGCCGCCUCUCCGAACCGCGAAUCUGUCCCGUGAGUCUUUUUCUUCAAUGGGCGCCUUGGAUUCACUCACCGGAGGACCUGCCAAUCCGACCGCCGCUGCCCUCACCAUGCUGAACGGGGCAGAGAGCCAAAACUUUGCCAAGGAGCCUCCAGACCUCCAGGGAACCACGACCAAAGACACGGGCGGUGGGGGCGAGCUGAAAAUGGGAGGCCCCCCGGACCGCUUCUACUACCCCGAUCCCCCCUUGCAGGAAGGCGGCUGCAACUUAGGGCUGGCUUACGGAAGCCCAUUGCUGCAAAGCGCCCUUGCGGGGACCGACCCAGCCUCUUCGAGCAGGUUUUUGGGGCCGGCAGCGAACAACUGCUCUUCCUACCGAGCUCAGCCUCCCCCGCCUAUCCCAGGGUCAAGCGGCCCCGCCGGGAAUCCUGGCUUCUCGGUCUCAGCUAGCGAGCUCUAUCCCAGCGCCGGGGAUUUGUAUGCUAGCGCGGCCGCCGGAGAAGGCUGCUACUCAACAGCGGUCCAGCACGUGUUCUCGCGGGCUCCUCUCUAUCCCGUGCCGGGCUAUCAGGUCUCCGGGAAAACCCAGGUAGUCCUCAACAACUACCCGCUCUGGGCCAAGUUCCACAAGCAUCAGACGGAAAUGAUCAUUACCAAGCAGGGCAGGAGGAUGUUUCCAUUUCUGAGUUUCAACAUCUCCGGGCUGGAUCCUGUGGCUCAUUAUAGCAUCUAUGUGGAUGUUGUGUUAGUGGAUCAGCACCACUGGCGAUACCAAGGAGGGAAAUGGGUUCAGUGCGGCAAGGCUGAGGGAAACAUGCCAGGGAAUCGGACAUAUAUGCAUCCAGAUUCUCCCAACACUGGAGCUCAUUGGAUGCGACAGGAAAUUUCCUUUGGGAAACUGAAGCUCACCAACAAUAAAGGAGCAUCAAACAAUAUCACCCAGAUGAUUGUAUUGCAGUCCUUGCACAAGUAUCAGCCUCGCCUGCAUGUUACUGAGGUCAAGCAAGGCGAAGUGGACGAGGUGCAUCCUUCAAUCUGCACUCAGACCUUUACUUUUCCAGAGACUCAAUUCAUCGCGGUUACUGCGUACCAAAAUGCUGAUAUCACUCAGCUGAAAAUAGACCAUAACCCUUUUGCUAAAGGCUUCCGUGACAAUUUUGAUACGAUGUAUACCACAACCGAGGGAGAGCGCACAACCCCAUCUCCACCCAGUGUGGCCAGCUGCCAGCAGCUCCUGUCAGGCAGCCGGUUCCAGCCUUACUUGCAUGACCAGUUUCCACUGCCCCAGAGCCGCUUCUUCAAUCGGGAAUGUGUCCCACUCCCUCUGCCACCCAAGGAUCCUUCCCACUGGUAUUUUGCUUCACAACAGCCUCCCCCUGCUCCCCUGGAAUAUGGUGCCUAUGAGGGAGACUUCCGAGGGAACAAAUUUAUGCCCUAUGGGGUAAAGCCAUUUGCUCUCCAGCCGGCCUCCCAUUCCUCCUUGCCCUACUAUCAGGACCACCCAUUUGGUCCUUCUCCUGCAUGGAGUUCGCCACCUCAGUACCACCAUCCCAAGCCCAAUCCAGGGCCUCUGAGCUGGUUCCGGUCCAUGCGGGAUUUGCAGGCCUUGCCUGCUGGCGAGGAGAAAGGGAAGGACAAUGAGGGCUGGGCUGAACCAGGCUCAGUGAAGUCUGCAGAUUCUUCAGACUCUGGCUUAUACGAAGCUGAGUGUAAGCGUCGCAGAGUGUCUCCAUAUGUUUCAAGUGCCGAAAGCUCCCCACCUCUCCGCAAUGGGGAGCUCUAUGACAAAGAAGGUGGUGGGGACAGUGGUUAUUAUGGGUUCUAUGGCAACUAAGAGAAGUCAGAGAAGUGUAAUAGCAAAGGAUGGGGGGUUCAUAUCAGAGGUACCCUGUAAGAUGCAUCUCUUUGUGGGGAAUAGUCCACUCCUCCAUGGGCAGUGCCAAAAGUAUCGCUAAGUCAUAGAAUGAGGUUCUUUGUAAUCACACUUCUUUAUUCUACAGUUUCCAGGUGGUAGUCUUCUGGUGUAAAACAUGCAUUCAUUGCGACAUUUGUGGAUCUAAGUGAUGCAAGCUUUCAUGGUGAGCCCAGAUCUUGGCUCUUGGAUUCCCUUAUAUUCAUGUAUAAGAGCUUUUGCUUGUGUGUGGCAAAUGGCAAGGACAGACAUACUCCAGUAGAAAUGCAUCAACGCAACACAUCUGCAGGUUCUCUUCACAUAUUGUAGCUAUUUCCAAUUUUGCUUCCAAGCUCUGCCAUUCCUACAUAUUGUUGAGCAAUGAGAAACAAUUUUAUCUUCUUAAAUGCAUUGAAAUGUUUAGCAAAUAUUAACAUGUGAAAUUCAACAUGGAGAGAGAUCUGAUAAACUCAUACGUGCACAAAUACUUCUUAAUUCUGAAGUGCAUGCCAUAAUGCUACAUGUCAGCUUGCUGGUUUCAGUUGUUCUGAUCUACUAGAGAUUGGUGCAGCAAAGUAGGUCUCAAUUUAAGUAUCACCUGCUGAAUUGGAAACCAUGAGCAUAACUAAGCUCUGCAUCUGUCUGAGGAUGCAAACUCUCUGCAGCACUUUGCUUUAAAAGAGAUAUGCAUUUUGUGCCUUUGAAUGAGUACAAACAGACCUCUUCUUGCACAGCUAGUAACAUAUCAAUGUCUUUAUCAUAACUAAAUUUAGGAUAAUGUAAUUACACUCUAGUCUCUACCUAUCUAUCCUUAAAAUCCCCACAAUCCAUUAAAUAUCAUUGGGAUUAUCAUGGAUAGAAAAACUGAUUUAAAAUUAUGGCAAGCAAUUUGGAAUUUGGAAAAAUGUUUUUGGUCCA